CUAAACCCUGUUGAGCCAUCAAAUCAAUCCACGCGAUUACUGCAUAGCUCGCUCGCUUGUUCCACCAAUCGAUCAGUGCAAUGGCGCCCUCCAAGCUGGUCCUCUUCCUCGUUGUGAACCUGGCUCUCCUCGCCUCCGCCGCGCAUGCCUGCGCUCCAUACUGCCCCACCCCAAGCCCACCGCCACCGACGUUAACUUGCUCGGUUAACACUCUGAAGCUGAAAGUGUGUGCCAACGUGUUGAACCUGCUCAAGCUCAACCUCCCCGUGCCGGAGAAUGAGGAGUGCUGCCCGCUGCUGUCCGGGCUCGCCAACCUUGAUGCCUCCGUUUGUCUCUGCACUGCCAUCAAGGCCGAGAUCCUCGGCAUCAAACUCAAUGUACUUGCCGACUUCACCCUCCUCCUAAACCAGUGCCGCAAGACCUGCCCCGACAACUACACCUGCUCCAUCUGAUACAUCGUCCAUCAGAAAAGCAUUAAACCUCGUCAUCCCUCUACAUGCAAAUCACUCUCGUAACUUUCAUGUCUUACCAAUCUACCUACAUAUGUCUUCUUAUUUGUUCCAGUACGACUGAGAUGUUCAUCCAUCAUUGUAUCUCAUUGUGAGAUGUGGAAGUGAUUCGCAUAGUUGUAAAAUCAUGUACACAUUUUGUAUAUUGUACGUACACGAAGAAGUUCGUUCA